GUCUGCACGGAUGGGGGGCGUUUCAAUGUGGCGCGUCGCGCUGCUCCUGGGAGUGGCUGCCGGCGCCGGCGACACCCAGCGCCCGCGCCUGCGACGUCUGCAGGCUUACAACAACAGCGGCAACGACACUGCCGCCGAGGCAGUGCAAACCUUCACGCAGCAGACGCCUUUCCCCGAAUCCUGCUUCGCUGCUUGCCCGGAUCUUGCCCUGGUCAACGGCAGCUUUGGGUCCAUCUACGAUGACCUCUCCAAAGCGGAUCUUGUCAAGACGACGCAGUAUGCGUCCGCAAUUGCGGCCUUUGCCACAAGCAUCAGGGGUCUUUUCUGCGAGCACAGGACUUUGGCGGCUUGUAUUGCCAGCAAUCCUGCCUCCUGCGAUGCGGCGAUGAGCCAGAACAACACCCGGCGCCUGAACGUCCAGCGGCCGAUGAUGAGACGACCCCGGCCAGUACCGCAAGCUGCCCGUUGGCGAUCCUUGCAGGCCACCGGCGGCUACGGCGGCUACGGUGACAGCACAACUCAGGCCAGCGGCGGCUACGGUGGCUACGGUGACAGCACAACUCAGGCCAGCGGCGGCUACGGCGGCUACGGUGACAGCACAACUCAGGCCAGCGGCGGCUACGGCGGCUACGGU